AUGCAGCGGCUUCGGCGUUGCCAUUUCGCACGUGCCACCGUGUUUGCGACAACAGUAAAGCGAACAGCUUCUGGUGUUGAUGCCGCUGCUGCGACCUCCGCGCUCUCCGUUGCGAAGCGGCAACACGCAGUGCCGGCGUCACCACACCUUGACGUGCCGGUGACGCCGCGCCGUGUGCGUCUCGUCUCUUCUAGCUCCGCUGGUGGCGUCACACAGGAGCCGCUGCCAGUUGAUGUCAGUGUCUCUGUGGCCGACCCGAAGGACCCGUACGCGCAUGUGCACAUCUACCGCAAGGACAUGGUAUCAGAUGCCGGUGGCCGAGCGUUUCAGCUAAGCGUGGAUGUGCCGCUGAAAAAGUUUGUGGACCUCUUUAGUGAUUUUGACGGCAAACGCUGUAAGCUUUGCAACGAGAGUUACAUGCAGUGGCACAGCCACAGCGGCGUCAUACCCCACUCGGGACGCGAAGCGUUGAUGCUGGAGAUGGUGCGUGCGUACUGCGGCACGCCAGAGGAAAUUGCAAGGAUGUGGUGGCACCGCCUCAACACCUCUCCCGUCUUCAACCGCAUCCCAGUGCUGAGUCAUGACAACAGCCACAUCCGAAAGCGGCGUCUGCAGUACCUACUCAAGUUUCUGAAGGACCGAGAUGUCAUCCGUGACACCUUCAACGUAAAUCAAAAUGCCGGUGGUGCUGGUCGUUCGUGGGAGUUUGAGCGACUUGAGUGGAUUGGGGACAAUGUUGUGAAGUAUGUCUUCAAUGACCGCUUCAAUGUUGUUUUCCCGGUGCGUGAGGGAGGUAUUCGAGGACGCUUAGGCUAUGCACAGUUUAUGAUUGAUGGCAAUGAUGGAUUGGCGCGUGCGUAUGACUACCUGGAGCUGCAAAAGUUGACGUUGAGUGAUCGUGUGGUAAGUAAGUUCAAGAGCGAUGUGGUGGAGACAUUGUUUGGGGAGCUGCAGCUAUUUCUUUGGUCAUCUGAAACAGACAUCGGCACAGAGUAUUUUGAACUUCCAUUCACUAGCGAAAUGUUUCCUCUUCGAGCGCUGGUAUGGCACGUGAUGGAAGAGUUGGCUCACGUUAUGUUCAUGUAUCAUGUUGAUCAUAUUCUUGCCGCGAUUCAACGUAUCGUUCGUGAGCAUCAGUUGCAGUUCAUCCGGGCUGAUCCUUCACUCCGCGGCAACACCGACUUGCAAAAUGAACUUGCAAGCUCGCUUUACGCAAAGAAGGCUGUGAAUUGCGGGAGCCGCCUGACUGCCACAAAAAUGUCGCCCAGCUUGCGCUUCAAGGAUGGUUCUGCCGCGAUGUUUCACGAGUCUUCGAACUAUGACGCAUUUAGGCGGGUGUACGCGCUUGGUGGCCUGUUGCCGCGCCCUUUUGCUCGAGGGGAGUUAGCUGGCAUUCCGUCAUUUCUGCCGCAGUUGCAGGAAGACAACGCAAUGGCGCGUCGAGUGCCGACAGAGUGGUGGUUGAAUGUUGUCAACGCGUCUGAGGGGGAUGGGGCGACGCACCAAUGCGUGGCAGAGUCUCUCUCGCCAAACUCUGCCUCUGCGGUGACACCGCAGCCGAGGCUUGUUGCUUCUGUUGCUGCGCCGACGUUAGGGGUGCCGCAACUAAAGGAUGAAUUGCUGGUGCCGGAGCUUGUUUAA